AAAAGCUAACAUUGGCAUCUUCCCUUAUAGAACUUGUUGUAGAUAUCGAUAUAGCCAACCAAAAGUAUUUGGUAUUUAUGUGAAAGCUUUAGGUUCGAGCAUCUCUAAUAGUAAUGUUCAAAAUUUUUAUUUCGCCAGUCCGUAGUUGUUUUGUGUGUCAAAUAAAUACGCAUAUUUAAUAUAGUUAUGGUGGUUUCAAAAAUUUCUUAUCCUGAAGAUGAAUAUGGAAAGCGCUUGGAUCGUUGUACUACCGACUUGUUGGUAAAGGGAUCAAGUGGUCUUUUUGUGGGAUUCGCAAUGUCUCUUUUAAUUUUUAAGAGAAAAGCGUGGCCCUCUUUAAUCGGUGCUGGAUUUGGAAUUGGUGUAGCCUUUAAAACAUGCGAAAAACAUUUAAAUGUAUAAAUACGUAUCAAUAAAAAAUAAAUAAAUAAAUACAAAA